UUUCCCUGCCGCCUCGCCUCCCCCCUCCCCGCCCGUCGCCGCUGCUCUCCUCACAGAAGAAGAAGAAGAAAAGGGCGCCACGCCGCCCGCCCGAGGGCCGCCGCCAUGUACACGGCGGGGGGAGCGGCCCCCGUCGCCGCGGGACCCGUACUUGCAACGCCUCCGCCUAUGGCACCUCCGAUACAGGCAUAUGCAUUUAAACCUCCCCCUCGACCUGAUUUUGGUACUUCAGGGAGAUCAAUCAAACUGCAAGCCAACUUUUUUGAAAUGGACAUUCCAAAAAUUGACAUCUACCAUUAUGAAUUGGAUAUAAAGCCAGAGAAGUGCCCUAGAAGAGUUAACAGAGAAAUAGUUGAACACAUGGUCCAGCACUUUAAAGGACAGAUAUUUGGGGAGCGCAAGCCAGUGUUUGAUGGAAGAAAAAACCUCUAUACAGCUAUACCACUUCCAAUAGGGAGAGAUAAACAGGUGGAAUUGGAGGUCACAUUGCCGGGAGAAGGGAAGGACAGAAUAUUUAAGGUGGCAAUAAAGUGGAUGUCAGGUGUGAGUCUGCAGGCUUUACAUGAUGCUCUCUCUGGUCGUCUUCCAAGUGUUCCUUUUGAAACAAUUCAGGCACUGGAUGUAGUAAUGAGGCACUUGCCUUCCAUGAGGUACACUCCUGUGGGACGUUCCUUUUUUACUGCAUCAGAAGGGUGCUCUAAUCCCUUGGGUGGCGGCAGAGAAGUUUGGUUUGGAUUCCAUCAGUCAGUCAGGCCUUCACUGUGGAAAAUGAUGCUUAACAUUGAUGUAUCUGCAACAGCAUUUUACAAGGCACAACCUGUAAUUGAGUUCGUAUGUGAAGUUUUGGAUUUCAAAAGUAUUGAAGAACAACAGAAACCUCUGACAGAUUCCCAAAGGGUUAAGUUUACCAAAGAAAUUAAAGGUCUGAAGGUGGAAAUCACUCACUGCGGGCAAAUGAAGAGAAAAUACCGAGUAUGCAAUGUUACCAGACGACCAGCAAGUCACCAAACAUUCCCGCUUCAGCAAGAGAGUGGACAGACCGUUGAAUGCACUGUAGCUCAAUAUUUUAAAGAUAGGCACAAGCUGGUUUUACGAUACCCUCAUCUUCCAUGUUUACAAGUUGGACAGGAGCAGAAACACACAUAUCUCCCUCUAGAGGUAUGCAACAUAGUGGCAGGACAGAGGUGUAUAAAGAAGCUGACAGACAAUCAAACUUCCACUAUGAUAAGAGCAACUGCUAGAUCAGCACCUGACCGUCAAGAAGAGAUUAGUAAACUGAUGCGAAGUGCAAGUUUUAAUACUGACCCUUUUGUUCGUGAAUUUGGAAUAAUGGUGAAAGAUGAAAUGACGGAUGUGACUGGGCGGGUCCUACAGCCUCCUUCAAUUCUCUAUGGAGGCAGGAACAAAGCAAUAGCUACACCAGUUCAAGGGGUUUGGGAUAUGAGGAACAAACAGUUUCACACUGGAAUUGAAAUCAAGGUCUGGGCAAUUGCUUGCUUUGCUCCACAGCGCCAGUGCACUGAAGUCCACCUUAAGUCCUUCACAGAACAACUGAGGAAGAUAUCAAGAGAUGCAGGAAUGCCCAUCCAGGGUCAGCCCUGUUUCUGUAAAUAUGCCCAGGGAGCAGAUAGCGUGGAACCAAUGUUCCGACAUCUAAAAAACACUUAUGCCGGAUUACAGCUCGUAGUAGUCAUUCUGCCAGGAAAAACUCCAGUUUAUGCUGAGGUGAAGCGUGUUGGUGAUACUGUGCUCGGCAUGGCCACACAGUGUGUGCAGAUGAAAAAUGUGCAGAGAACGACGCCACAGACACUUUCCAAUCUAUGCUUAAAGAUCAAUGUCAAACUGGGAGGAGUAAAUAACAUUUUACUGCCUCAGGGAAGGCCUCCAGUAUUUCAGCAACCUGUAAUUUUCCUGGGUGCAGAUGUCACUCAUCCACCAGCUGGAGAUGGGAAAAAACCAUCCAUUGCUGCUGUUGUAGGUAGUAUGGAUGCCCACCCUAAUCGAUACUGUGCCACUGUGAGAGUCCAGCAGCACCGCCAAGAGAUCAUCCAAGACUUGGCUGCCAUGGUCAGGGAGCUGCUCAUUCAGUUCUACAAAUCAACCCGAUUCAAACCAACUCGGAUUAUUUUCUACAGAGAUGGUGUUUCUGAGGGGCAAUUCCAACAGGUCCUCCAUCAUGAAUUGCUGGCUAUCAGAGAAGCAUGUAUUAAGCUAGAAAAAGACUACCAGCCUGGAAUUACAUUCAUUGUUGUGCAGAAAAGGCAUCACACCAGACUCUUCUGUACAGACAAAAAUGAAAGGGUUGGGAAAAGUGGAAACAUUCCAGCAGGUACAACAGUGGACACAAAAAUCACCCACCCUUCGGAGUUUGACUUCUAUCUGUGUAGUCAUGCUGGUAUUCAGGGGACAAGCAGGCCAUCUCAUUACCACGUUCUCUGGGAUGACAAUCGUUUCUCUUCAGAUGAGCUUCAAAUCCUUACCUACCAACUGUGUCAUACAUAUGUACGCUGUACUCGUUCUGUUUCAAUCCCUGCACCAGCAUACUAUGCACACCUGGUUGCCUUCAGAGCCAGGUAUCAUCUGGUGGAUAAAGAACAUGAUAGUGCCGAAGGGAGUCAUACGUCUGGUCAGAGCAAUGGCAGAGAUCAUCAAGCACUUGCAAAAGCCGUUCAGGUUCAUCAAGAUACAUUGCGCACCAUGUACUUCGCUUGACAUGUUGCAGUGCUUUAAGUAACUCAGUUCCAAGUUGGAUUCACAGGAGACCAGCUGCACUUAGACCAACAGUUGCCCCAGCUACAGCGACAGCCAGCAAUGAGUGAUGCAUCAUAAUUUUAUUAGGUUUUAAUUUUUAGUAUUGUUUUUUCAUUUGUGAGGAAGCCUUCCGUCCGGAAUUUCAGACUUGAUUGCAAACUGCAGACCUGUACAAAAUUGCACAGCUAUUAGAAGUUUGGAUUUGCCAAAAUCAGAAGCUGCUUGUCAGGAAGAAAGGAACAAAAAAGAAAGAAAUCAAAACCCACCUCUUGUAACUAAAUCUAGAGCUGUGAUCUCAGGGCUAAAAACAACACUUUUCAUUUAGUUAUGCCUUUCUACAGAUAUACUUGUUUGUAACUAAUCUGAAAAUACCCAAUUAAGAUCAGGCUUAAUGGGUUGGUGAAAAACCUAUGAAUUUUGCUUUUAUUCAUGAAAAGAAAAUGAAGUGCUAAUUCGGUGCCAUUUAAAUCCUCAGUCAUUUUGGAUGCAUUCACAAAUGGUUUAGUAUUGAGAUGCAAAAGGGGAGAAUCCUGGUUUGCCCCUUGCUGUCUUCUAGAUGAACAGUCUGUGGGGGUCUAUGGGCAAAAAAGUAUUUUUUGAAGUUAGUUCUUGAAUGUCUCUCAUUGUGCCGUUUUAAGUUUUUUGUAGAAUGAAUAAUGGAAUUAUUUCAGGAAGAAAAAGGAGUUUAUUAUACAUUUUAUUAGGUCCAUUGAAAGAUUAGCAAAGCGUGCCAUUAAAAAUGUAUUUUUUUUCCUUUAAAAAAAUCCAUUUUGAUUACUAAUCAUGGAGUUUGUCCUAUAGGACUGUGACACUUACUUUUCCAAAGCUUUUCUAAAGAAUACGGGUCUGUGGUGAUACAGUACAAUCUUUUUCACUGUUAUGUUUGAAUUAAUGUAAAAAUUAUAUAUGUUCACAGUAUUAACAUGAUAGACUAGAUACUAUUUAUUUUUAUUUACUAAGGAGUGAUCAGCUCAACAUAUUUCUGUUAACAUAUCAUAAAUUCAGGAAUGCUUUGGAUUUGAGAUGAGAAGUUUAUCAUGGGGACACUAGUGAUUUGGGUUGGAAUGCACCAACUGUAGCUUUUUCAAGUUCUCUAUUCAUUUCAACAGGCCUUGUGUGUGAUGCUUCACCCACAUCUCUUUGAAAUGAAUAGAGGAUGGGCUGUAGCAAUGCUUGGUGUAUUGCAGCUUUCAAAAGCAGGAAUAUGCAACUGACUUAACGAGGCAGGGUUGAGAGAUUUACCUGGUGUAUAUAUCGUUUUAUUUAGCUUAUAUUUAGAAGGGCUUGCUGAGCUCAUCCAGCUCAGUAGAUCUAACACUCGGUAGUUUAGGCAUGAAGGAACAGUUCUUGAUUCAUUCAAGCACAAAAAAAAUUGCUUUCCUGUUCGAUCAUCUGAGACAGAGAAGUGAAAGGAAAGAGAUCUGGUGUGUACUUGGGCAGCGAAGUGUCAACUGUUUUGCGUAACAUGAAUAGAAAGAGGUGGGGGAGGUUUGCCGUUUUCUUUGGAGGAGCAUUAAUUCAAACAGACCUACUUAAAAUAAAAGCUUCUGUACAUUUGCACAAGAUUCAUAUAGGUGACUAACGACAAACACCAUUGCACUAAUGAUGGCAACAGGAACACUACUAAGAUACUGUCGAAGAAAUUCCAGGAAAUUUCCCUCCUAAUCUGACCUUGCUGGAGUUUACAAAAAGAAAGAAAAGAGCUAAACACAUCAAGUCAGUGUUAAGUACUUUUUUAUGCUUGUAAGACCAUCUUAAGAUUCAUUAGGAUUUGUUUUACUUUCUCUUCUGAACAGCAGAACAGCUGCUUUGCAAGAUUUGUUCCCAUUUCUCUAUUCAAGAAGUGGGGGAAAUGGGAUCAGGCUGUGCUAAGGUUGUUACGGUAUUAUAUAGAACUGAUAGUUGAUGCCUGGGCAACAGAGUGCUCAAUUUUUUUGUUGCCUAUUGAAUUUUAGGAGUCUAAUUUAUGCUGUACAUCAGUUAAAGUCUGCAACUAGUAAGGAGUGCCUCAUAAUGCCAAACAGAUCUGCUGAAACAACAGACAGGCUUUUGAGGCAUGACUAUGUCAUGUUUUCUUUUGUUUAAAGUGUGUGAGUGUGUGUGUGUGUGUGUGUGUGUGUGUGUGUGUUAAAAUUCUGGACACUGCAGUUCCAGCAGCUUGAUUGUUUUAAGAAAAACAGGACCCAGUCAGGGUCUCUGUCAUCCUGCUGUGAAAAGCAGAUUGCAACAUCUCCUCCUUGAAUUUAUAGCAUCUUACCUUUUUCUUCAUGGAUUUGCUGCACUUUUCCAGCUUGCGUUAGGGAAGCGAUUGAAAUGUGAAGAGAUAUUUGGGUUUCACCACUGUUCAGUUGGUGAACGAGCUGGUUCUAAAAGCUGAUCUGCUUUUGAAGUUCUGUCCUAGGCUGGCACUUAAGGUGGCAGUAAUUCAUUAUUUCCUUGUUUCUCUGUCAUCUUGAAACUACAUCAGGCAGAAAGAGGUGGGCCAAGAUGGUAGAAUUUUCCUUGUCUUCCUAUCCAGAACUGGGUGGUCAAGUCACUGCAAAGAGCUCUUUCCCACAGCUGCUGUUAACUAGCAACGAGCUAAAAUAGUAGCGGCUAUCUUCUAGGUGCUAGCUGGCAGUCACUUAGUUCUUUUCAUUUGUUCCAUUUCCAUUAUCUUCAAUGAAUCAGCACUCUCAGACUGCAGACGCAUGUCCACAAUUGUUGCCUGGGCUUGUGUAGACCCUUCUCCAAAGAAUUAAUGUUGUCACUGGCAUGUGCAGCAAUUUCAUGUGAGUAUCUACCUGUGUAGAAGGAAUAUGGUCGUUUCGUGAAAGUUAGAUAUCGUUGUGUGGCAGAAAGUAUAAAUGCAUGUUGUUUUCUUUCUUUUAAUCUUGUAUACUGUAUUUUUUUUUAAAGCCUUUUUUCCUUUCUCGUUGUUAGAUGCAUGGUGAACUAGUGUCUAGCAAGAUUCAGCAUCGGGGGGAGGGGUUGUAAAGCUUGUUUUUGAACAAUUGACAAUGCACUUUGAAAAGAUAGGGCACUCUGAUUAUGCACAGGAACUGCUUUUUAUAAUAUAUGCAUAAACCAAAACUCCAAUUUGAAACAAAGAAUACGUCUUUCUACACAGCUGUUUACUACAAUGACUCUUGAAAGCACAGCAAUAUCUCAGGUGAAUGAUUUCAUACACUUUUAUCCAAAAUAUUCUCCAUGAGAACAAAGGAGAAUAGUUUACAAAAAAACUGAGGGGAGUCCAGGGUUGUGUCAUAUACCUGGAAGUGCUUUUAAAUUUUAUCUACUUAUUGUUGGAAUAAAUUUGUAAUAAAAACUGGUUCUGUUAGGAA